AUGCCCCGAUUGUUACAAACACAACCGUUCACCUCAGCCAUUCCUCAUAUCAUGGUGCGCUCCUCAAUGAAUUUUGAAAACAGAUGGGUCUUGAGAUCCGCUCUGAACUUCGCAAGUGAUGGAGAAAUAGUUAGAGAAGUAGGUAGAGAGUUCCAGAGAAAAGGACCAGAAAAAGCAAAAGCAGAUUUGGCAAAAGAGUGUUUAACACGAGUUAAGAAAAAGCGAGAAAAAGAAGACGAUCGUAAACCGGGGCGUUUAGAAGGAUUAAGUUUAAGACACAUAGAAUCAGACCAAGCGAUAAUCGAAGAAAGACAUAGAGAUAAAUUAUGA